UUUCUCAAACGACCGCUUUAGGCCAUUUUCCUCUCUGCUUUCUGCAUUCAAUCAGUGCAAAAAUUAUUAUGGAUAACUACACACAUGAAAUAAAUUAAUAUUCAUAUUUAAUCGCGUAAUUGACGUUUGUAUUAGAUCUGUCCAGCAUUCAAUUCUAGGUCAUAUUUCCAUCUGGGUUUUUGGGUGUCUUUUUUCUUGAUCGGUCUAUAUUCCAAGUUUUAAUUUUGUGGUAUCAGGUUUCUUCAAAGAAAAAGGUGAGAUUUUGACAAAAACAUGGAAUCAUCCUCUGGGGCAGCGCCCGAAUUUGAUUAUCUGUUCAAGCUGUUGAUGAUUGGAGAUUCCGGGGUUGGAAAAAGUAGUCUUUUGCUGAGUUUCACAUCUGAUGCUUUCGAGGAGCUCUCUCCAACAAUCGGAGUGGAUUUUAAGGUAAAACACUUAACACUUGGAGGAAAGAAAUUGAAGCUUGCAAUCUGGGACACAGCUGGGCAGGAAAGAUUUCGAACUUUGACUAGUUCCUACUACCGAGGUGCUCAAGGAGUCAUCAUGGUAUAUGAUGUGACACGACGAGACACCUUUACGAAUCUUUCUGAUAUUUGGGCUAAAGAAAUUGAUCUCUACUCCACAAAUCAAGAUUGCAUCAAGAUGCUAGUUGGCAACAAAGUAGAUAAGGACAGUGAAAGGGUUGUCAGCAAAAAAGAAGGGAUCGACUUUGCAAGGGAAUAUGGCUGCCUCUUCAUUGAAUGUAGUGCCAAAACUCGUGUCAACGUGGAGCAGUGUUUUGAGGAACUCGUCUUGAAGAUCUUGGAUACGCCAAGUCUCUUGGCGGAGGGCUUAGCUGGUAAUAAAAAGAACAUUUUCAAGCAGAAGCCUCCCGUGUCUACAGAUGCAUCGAGCAGUUGCUGCUGAAUCUUUAACCAUAUGCUUUUUCAGUUUCUUGUUGAGGUUUUGAUCCAAAGACGCAUCUGCAACUCAUUUCUUGCAUAUUUUCAUGCGUUGCUUCUUAAGUUAUCUAACAAUGCUUAUUUGUUUGAUCUCAGUGUAUUUUUGAAUUCACCCAUGGAUAAUCGCAAAAGAAAAAAGUAUAAUACACGUAGUCUUCGAGUUAGUUUCA